AGACCGCGUGCACGUUCGUUUGCGGGUUGGCCAACAAUGGAGAAUGUUAUCAUUAAAACAACUGCUGAAAAAGGGCGUGGGUUGUACGCUACUGAGCUGAUUCCAGAAGGGACUACAAUAUUGGAAGAGCAACCGCUUGUGUCCUGCCAAUAUUCAUGGAAUGCUGCCUAUGGAUAUUUAGCGUGCGAGAACUGUCUUCGCCCGUUGGAAACAGCCGAACGAAACGCACAACGGUUGGCGAAUGAUCCGAAUAUUAUGCUACCACGGGCGGAAUGUUGCCUGGUGGAGGCGAAUCUCGCCAAUCACACAAAAUGUGUACGAUGUGGUGUGUUAUACUGCAGCAAUGAAUGUCUUAGCUCGGCUCAAAAUCGAUACCAUGCGGCAAUUUGCUUGGACGCGGAGGUGCACAACGAAAACCAUCCAGUGAACGUGUUGGUGGAGUUUUGGAAAAAGAUGCACUAUCCACCGGAAACCUGUGGCAUUAUGUUGUUUGUGAAGAUUGUUGGUUUGUUUCGGCAGGCGGCAGAUCCGCAAGUGCUUCAAGCACAACUGCAAGAUUUCGUGCACAAAUCUGUGAACGAAGAUCUGUUUAUAUUCCACAAAAUGCUCGGUGAAAAGUUUACUGCGCAGAUCGAAGAGUUGUAUAAGCUGUUCUGUAGUGCAUUUGAUGUGGAAUCGGACGAACGGCUCCAAUGGCUGACGCCUGAUGGUUUCAAGAGUCUUAUUGCGCUGGUAGGAACAAAUGGGCAAGGCAUUGGCACAAGCGCAUUCGGUGAUUGGGUAAAGAACGUUACGGAAUGCAACAUGGACGAUAAGGAGCGUCAAUCGGUGGACGAGCUGAUCGAUGAUUUGUACACCAAAAUUGAUGACGUCGUUGGUUCGUUUCUUAAUAAUGAAGGUUCAGCAUUGUACGCUACACAAAGUAAAAUCAACCACAGUUGCGCACCGAACGCUGAAACUGUGUUUCCCAACUCCAACCACGUAUUAGCGCUUAGGGCAACGAGAGACAUAGAACCCGGAGAAGAAAUUUGCAUUUCCUAUCUAGACGAGUGCAACGUACAGAGGUCGCGCCAUACACGGCAGAAGAUAUUAAAAGAAUAUUACCUUUUCUUCUGCCAGUGCGAGAAAUGUGAAAGACAAAUCAACGACCCGGACGAAACAUCUGAGGAAGAAGACGACGAUGACGAUGAUAUGGAAGAGUCCGACUAAUGUUUACUCUACCUCGCGUAUGGUAAUUGAUAACCAGCCAAUAUAUUUGCAACUUGCAAGAAAACAACUAACUUAACGGUCUACGAUAAGUCAUCUAUAUCACCACAGUUGGCGCUAUUAUGCGCUUUCGGAAGCUACAAUCGGGGUUAGAUGUAUAAGCUGGUUACUGUUUUCCGCCAACUCCGUUAUAGAGAUACGACCUCGCUGCUUGAUGAACUUGGCUACGGAUUUUAGCUCCUCUUGUGACACAUAAAUGAAUUUACCUCGAUCGUCGAUCACGCCGGUAAUUCGCUCCUCUUUUUGCAGCUCUCCGAUUCUAUCAAUAACUGCUUGGACUUUCAGCUUAAACUGUACAGCCAAAUCUUCCAACACAACGACCUUGUUAUCCUG